CACCGAUCACGGAAAGAGCUGAAGAUGUCGGCUCUCAUGUGAUCAGCUGUGUCCCAUCACAGCUGAUCACAUGGGAGAUGUACACUGAUCCUAAGGGCACUGAUGAUCAGUGUGCCCUGAUGAUCAGUGUAGCCCCAGCAGUGCCACCUGUCAGUGUCCAUCAGUGCCUUGUGUCAGUGCUCAUCAGUGCCACAUCAAUGCCACAUAUCAGUGCCUACCAGUGCACAUCAAUGCCACCUAUCAGUGCCCAUCUGAGCCUUUCAGUGUCAACCAUCGGUGCCAGUCAGUGCCACCUAUCAAUGCCAAUCAGUGCCACCUGUCAGUGCCAGUCAGUGCCGCCUAUCAAUGCAUGUCAGUGCCGCCUAUCAGUCCCCUAGUCAGUG